AUGAGUUUAAGUGCUAUUGAAACUGCAUUAACUAUUAGUUUACCAAGUUCUUUUAUUUAUGUAUUUACUGAUGCCAGAGCUAAAGAUUUUGAUCUCACAGAGAAUGUACUUAAACUCAUUCAGGAAAAACAAAGCCAGGUUGUUUUUGUCAUGACUGGAGACUGUGGUAACCGUUCCCAUGUUGGAUUUCAGGCAUAUGAAGAUAUAGCAGCUACAAGCUCAGGACAACUAUUUAUGUUAAAUAAAUCUGAUGUAGACGAGGUUAGGUUUAGGGUUAGGGUUUUGUUUCGUUUUGUGGAAAAGACUAAGUCAAUUCAUUGUGGUUAUUUACGUUAUGUUAAUGUGACACUUGUUUGCCCAGUUCCACCAGUGAUAGGUCACAGUCCAAGCAACUACACUGCAAUAAAAGACACAACUGUUACUCUACGGUGUCCAGCACAUGGUACUCCUAAACCAACAAUUACAUGGCAGAGGAAUGGUCAAAUUAUAUCUCCCAAUGAUCCUAGCUACUACAUUCGAUCAGAUGGAUCUUUACAAAUAGAUGGUGUCCAUACAAGUGACAGUGGUACUUAUGUAUGUAUGGCAUCUAAUCCUGCUGGUGUGAAUAGUAAAAAUAUUCAUCUCAUUGUACAUGUUGCACCAUCAAUAAUUGGAGAUGUUAGUCAAGUAGUGACUGUAACACUAGGUGAACCUAUAACUUUGCCAUGCCAUGCUGAAAGCAUACCACCACCUACCAAAUCAUGGACAAAAGAAAAUUUAACUAUAUCUCGGAAUAAUCUCCAUUAUGAAGUAAAGAAUUCUGGGUCAUUACAUAUUUCAAGAGUGGAAUCGUCCGACAGUGGUGUAUAUAUUUGUACUAUUAGUAAUGUUGUUGGAGAUACAAAAAAAGAAAUUAGAUUGAAAGUAAAUGUACCCCCUAGGAUUUCACCUGGACCAAGUCAUAUAACUGCUGUAGUUGGAGAUUCAGUCAUUUUACCAUGUGAAUCCAUUGGUGAUCCAGUACCUGAUGUCAGAUGGAACCACAAUGAAUGGCGUUUGAAUAUGAACUCUGAGGAUUUCUUAUUACUAGAUUCUGGAUCUUUACAGAUCAGUAAUGUAAAAGUGAAAUCAGGUGGUAGAUAUCGAUGUAGCAUCACAAGUAUUGCAGGCUCUGAUACCAAGGAUAUAACACUUACUGUGCAAGAGCCACCAAACAUAGCAGACACUCCAAAAGUAGUUGAUUCAUUUCCUAACAGUCGUGUGACCAUACCAUGUCCAGUCACUGGGUUUCCAAGACCUCAUAUUACAUGGUACAAAGAUGGAAAAGUUGUGGAUACAUCUGAUCAUGGACUGAGAGUAAGGUCUGAUGGAUCACUGUUUAUUAUGAAUACAGAGGAUGAAGAUCGUGGUUAUUACACAUGUCACGCAGUCAAUGAUGCUGGCAGUGCUAAUAUAACUUUAUUAUUAAAUAUUAAUGUAUUACUCGAAUGUGAAGUAAGUGGUAAUCCUGAACCUGAAGUCAGAUGGCAAAAAAAUGGACAGUAUUUCAACAUUGAUGACAUCACAGUCAGAAUCCUAGAUGUAGGUUCUUUACAAAUUGACAUCACUCGUAGAACUGAUGGUGGACGAUAUACAUGUAUUGCUGAUAGUAUUGCUGGCACAGACACUAAAGAUAUCUUCCUUACAGUACAAGAACCGCCUAUCAUUGAUAAGAAUGUCCCGACUGAAGUUGAAGGACUUAAAAACAACAGAUUAUUUUUGCAUUGUCCUACAUCUGGGUCACCACGACCUGAGAUAACAUGGUAUAAGAACAACAAGAGGAUUGAUUUUGAUCCAAAUGUUUUAAAGAUGAGCAAUGGUUCGCUAAUGAUAUCAAGUGCAAAAGCUGAUGAUAGCGGGCAGUACACUUGUAAAGUCCACAAUCCUGCCGGUGCUACCAAUCUAACCAUAGAUGUUACUAUCAUGGAGAAACCUGUUAUUAAAAAAGGACCAAAGGAGGUGGAUGUUACAGUAGGUGAGCCAGUGGUGUUGCCAUGUGAAGCAGAUGGAAAACCAGCACCAAAUAUCAUGUGGCAAAAGGAUUUCAAAACAUUGUCAUUAGAUGGACAGUCUAUGAAAAUCAUGAAAGUAGGGUCCCUUAGCAUUGCCAAUACACGACGUGAUGACGCUGGCAACUAUAUGUGUAUGGCUUCCAAUGAAAAGGGUGUGGACUCCAUAACUAUUCGUUUAAAUGUGCAUGAACGCCCAUCAAUAAUAACCACUGGUGAGCAUAAUAUCACCACUACUGCACAUGAAGAUGUUAGGCUUCCAUGUGAAGCUCAAGGAACUCCUAUUCCAAAUAUUAAAUGGUUAAGAAAUGGUCAACAACUUUCUGGAAAUGAAUUUGGGUUUGAAAUACUAAAGGACGGCUCUCUAAAUAUUUAUAAUGGAGAAUCUGCCGAUAGUGGAGUAUACCAAUGUAUUGCUGAGAAUCCUGUAGGGGUUGAUACUAAGGAGUAUUAUGUUACGUUUAAUGUUCCUCCACGUAUUGCUGAAGGUCCGAAUCAAUUAACAGUCAUCCUGGGAAAUCCAGUUAUUUUACCAUGUGAGGCAUCAGGUGAUCCAUUGCCCACUGUUGAGUGGAAAAAAGACAGUCACCUUCUGAUGGCUUUUGGACAAGUUAGAAGACAAUUAGAAAUUGGUUCCUUACAGAUUGAUAGUACUAGAGCCAUAGAUACUGGUGUAUAUGUAUGUACAGUCAGUAAUAUUGCUGGUACAGCUACAAGGACUGUAAAACUUACCAUACAAGAACCCCCAACUAUAAUCGGAGGCCUACCAAGGAAUAUUACCUCCAUUGUAAACACAGAGGUCACUUUACGAUGCUCAGCGAAUGGUAUACCUCCGCCAAAAAUAAUAUGGUUAAAGAAAGCAAGACUUCUGCCAAUUGAUGGAAACGAGUUAAGACAACUUUCUGAUGGUUCUUUGCGUAUAAAGAAUGUCCAACCAUAUGAUAGUGGUAUUUACAUAUGUAUGGCGUCAAGUCCAGCUGGAAAUGCCACUAUAAAUAUCGAUCUUACAGUUAAUGUUCCUCCAAGACUACGUGGAUCUGAUAUAGUUACUGAAAAGACACUCAUCAGCAACCAACCAUUAUUUCUGGAGUGUCCUAUAGAGGAGGCUGUUCCAGCCCCAUCAAUACGCUGGACCAAAGAUGGUCUCACGUUGUCAUCUGCCCAAGAUGGUUUGCUGAUCAUGUCCGGUGGAAGAAUAUUACAGAUUCCUAAUGUAGAAUUAACUGAUGCUGGUCGAUAUAAAUGUAUUGCAGACAAUCCUGCUGGUAACUCGUCUAAAAUUUAUGAUGUUAUUGUGCAUGUUCCACCAAGCAUAGAAGAAUCUGAAUUUCCUAUUGAUAAAAUGGCGAUUGAGAGCCAUCCUGUAACACUAGAAUGUGAAUCUAUAGCCAUACCACCACCAGUGUUAACAUGGUUGAAAGAUGGUCAACCAGUUACACCAAAUGACAGAGGAAUUAAGAUUACAACACAAGGAAGAUAUUUACAGAUUGACAAUGUUCAAUUAUUUCAUGAAGCAGAAUAUACUUGUAUAUCCUCUAAUGAAGCUGGUAAUUCAACAAAGAUAAUAAAUCUCUCUGUUCUGACACAAAGAAACAAUGAAGACCCCUGGAAAGCAAUCCUUGACUGGAGAAACACACCGACUGAAGGAACGCACAGUAGUUCGGUACAACGUCUCAUGUCACAUCGCACUCGCACGCUACUACUUACUGCAAAUAGACUACUACAUCCAAAAGUAGUUGACGGAGUUACAGAUGACAACAAGCAACGUCGUCGUAAAUCUAAAUAG